UACACACGAGGAAACCUAGGCUCAGACAGGUUAAGUGACUUGCCUGAGGUUACAUUCUUAGUAGGAAGUGCAUUUGGGAUUUAAACUCUGCCUCUUCUGAUGGCAAAAGUCACACCCUUCCCUCCCACUUCAACCCCCUCUGAGGUUUUCUUCUGCCAUUUCAGCAGGAAGCCAGCUGGUGGAGGCUGGGGACUUGCCUGCAAGGUUUACCUUCUAGCAACCAGGGCAGGUCACUGGACAUCUGGGUAGGGGCCUGGGAGCCUUCACUCCCUUUGGACAAAGGCUUUGGAGGGACAAGAAUGGCUAGACUGCCCUUGGCUGUGAGCACUCCUCAGUGCUCCUGGGGCUGAGGCUGAGCUGGCAGCCAUGGGGCUGGGCAGGCUCCAGGCUUGGAUGCUGGGCCUGCCCACGGCUGUGGUCUAUGGCUCCCUGGCCCUCUUCAUCUCCGUCCUGCACAACGUGUUCCUGCUUUACUAUGUGGACACCUUUGUCUCGGUGUACAAGAUCAACAAAACUGCCUUCUGGGUUGGAGAGACGGUGUUUCUCCUCUGGAACAGCCUCAACGACCCCCUCUUCGGUUGGCUGAGUGACCGUCAGUUCCUCAGCUCCCAGCCCCGGUCGGGUGCCGGGCUCUCCUCCAGGGCCGUGGUGCUGGCACGGGUGCGGGCCCUGGGCUGGCACGGGCCGCUGCUGGCAUUGUCGUUCCUGGCAUUCUGGGUGCCCUGGGCCCCAGCUGGCCUGCAGUUCUUGCUGUGCCUGUGCCUCUAUGAUGGUUUCCUGACUCUCGUGGACCUGCACCAUCAUGCCUUGCUGGCUGACCUGGCCCUCUCUGCCCAUGACCGUACCCACCUCAACUUCUACUGCUCCCUCUUCAGUGCAGCUGGCUCCCUCUCCGUCUUUGCCUCCUAUGCCUUCUGGAACAAGGAAGACUUCUCUUCCUUCCGCACCUUCUGCGUGGCACUGGCCACUGGCUCUGGGCUGGGCUUUGUGGGGGCCACACGGCUGCUUAGGAGGCGGGUUGAGGCAGCCGGUAGGGAGCCGGAGUGCCCAGCCCUGGCUGUAGAUGGCGGCCUGUGUGGAGAGGAGCUGCUUGUGGGCUGCAAGGAAGCAGGCAGCAUCACUUUGGGCCAGUACCUCCAGCAGCUGGCACGCCACCGGAACUUCCUGUGGUUCGUGGGCAUGGACCUGGUGCAGGUGUUUCACUGCCACUUCAACAGCAACUUCUUCCCCCUCUUCCUGGAGCAUCUGUUGUCGGACCACAUCUCCCUGUCCACGGGCUCCUUCCUGUUGGGCAUCUCCUAUGUCGCUCCCCACCUCAACAACCUCUACUUCCUGCCCUUGUGCCGGCGUUGGGGUGUCUACGCCGUGGUGCGGGGGCUCUUCCUGCUCAAGCUGGGCCUGAGCCUGCUCAUGCUGUUGGCUGGCCCUGACCGCCCCGGCCUGCUCUGCCUCUUCAUUGCCAGUAACCGUGUUUUCACUGAGGGCACCUGUAAGCUGUUGACUCUGGUGGUCACUGACCUGGUGGACGAGGACCUGGUGUUGAACCACCGUAAGCAGGCGGCCUCAGCUCUUCUCUUUGGCAUGGUGGCCCUGGUGACCAAGCCAGGCCAGACCUUCGCCCCGCUGCUGGGCACCUGGCUGCUCUGCUUCUAUACAGGUCACGAUCUCUUCCAGCAGCCCCCGCUGGCCCCCAUGGGGAGUGCUCAGCCAUGGCCAGAGCCCCCGGCCCCGCCCCCGGCGCAGGCCCCGACGCUCCGCCAGGGCUGCUUCUACCUGUUGGUGCUGGUGCCCAUCACCUGUGCUGUGCUGCAGCUGUUCACUUGGUCCCAGUUCACACUGCACGGGAGACGCCUGCACAUGGUCAAAGCCCAGCGCCAGAACCUAUCACGGGCCCAAACCCUGGAGGUUAAGAUGGUGUGACAGGCAGGCACAGCAAGGCCAUCCUGCUGAUGACACCGUCUGCCACCCUGGUCAGGAGCCACUUUUGCCAGCCCCCCAUCUGCCGCUGUGCCUUUAUUGGGGCACAGCCUGGAGGACAGAUAGCAGAGUGGGAGUUUCUGAGGCUGAGCCGGGAGCGUCACUGGGGUCUAAGUUCCUGCUUGGCUGUCUGACCCAGCUUGGGCAAGGGCUGGGCUGUAUGUGCUCAGGGACCUCUUCCCCCUUUGGGGCUGGAGGAAGAAGAGAACCAAGAAGGGAUAGGGCCGCCCUGUGGUCACACGGGGUUGCUGCAUGGGCAGCAUGGGGGCCUAUCCCACUACCUGGCUGGGGCCGGUGCUUUGUGCGGUCUCAGAAGCCACUUUCACCCACUCAGGGGAAGCUGUGAGUCCCACUGCCCCCUCCCUCCACCUUUCCAGUGGUUUCUCUGAGCUGUCUGCUUCAGCUGUGCCUGAAGGAGUGUGCCCUAGCUGCUGCAGGGCUUCCCCACCCCCACCUGGCCUCUAAAAGAGGCUCAUUUCAUCGCAGACUGAUUAAAGUCAGUCAUUUCUAUUCCCAUUCUUGAGGUGUGUGCUGUGUGUGGGAGCAGUGGGUUGGUGGGGCUGGGGAACAGGAUUCCUCACUUAAUAGGAAAAGUACCCUGAGAACGUUCUUCUGCCGAUGAGUUGGUGGUGGUGAUGGGGGAGGGCACCCUCAUCAGAUUUUUCACUGAGGGAGCAGGAAAAGCAUGCAGACUGGUAUCUGCGUGGGUAUUUGGGAGCAAAAUGACUUGGAGGCCUGUGGUCAUGUCCCGGUGCCUUUCCUCUACACCACUGCCAGACACGGUGAGCAAGAGCAGCUGCUUCCAAGACUGAGGUCCCCAACCCUGGAGUCACUGGGAGCUCUCAAAAAUGCUGAGGUCUUGAGUUCUGUUCCUCCAGAUUCGGAUUUCAUGGAUCUGGGGUAUGGCCUGAGCACUGGGGUUUUGGAAAGCUCUGUGAUUUUACUGGGCACCUGUGACUAAUGCCCCUGUGCUCUAGGCCAGUGUUUGUCAACCUAGAGAUACUUGGAGCCAGAUAGUUCUUUGUUAUGGAUAUUUAUAACAGCAUCCCUGGCCUCUCCUAGAUGCCAGUAGCAUCUCACUACCAGUUGUGACAACCAGAUGUCUCCAGACAUCACCAAAUGUGUCCCACAGGCAAAAUUGGCUUGAUUGGGAACUACUUACUGCUCAAGGCCAAUGGUUUUUGAAGGUCUAUACAGUGGUUAAAGAUUUUGGCUCUAGGGCUGUAUUGCCUGGGUUCAUAUCCUAGCUAAUAAAGAGCAGAGCUCUGGGAAAUUACAUAAUCUUUCUGUGGCUCUAUUUCCCCACCUGCAAGGUGGAUAAUAAAAAUACCUACACACUUACACACUUUGUAGGGUUGUUGGAUCAAAUA